GGCUUGGCCAUGAGGUUGAGAACGCUUCAGGGCGCUCAGUGCCUGUUCUGCUCGGUCAGACCGCGUCUCACCACCGUCUCAGGUGUCCGGGAAUUCGCAUCAACGUCGGUGCUGGCAAGGAAGCCAGGUCGUGGAAAGCCUAAAGGCUCGCGUGCUCCUGAAGGCGAAUGGGUGAAAAGGAAGGAAGCCCAGUUUCCCAUCGUGGUCGAACAUGCUUUAAACGAAUACGGGAAAAACAUCGAUGUCACGGACUCGGGAUUUGAUAAAUGGACCGCGUUUGCUCGCAGAGUCAACCACGCAGCGCGGUUACGACUAGGCCCGGAAAAAAGCGACUUGCUGACUCUCAAAGUGACACUUUUUGACGCAUUCCGGACAGGCGGACAAGCAGGCGUGUUAAGAGAAAUCAGAACCCUACAACAGAACGAGGAUCUGACGGCCAAGUAUGAGAGCCCCAACGUGGUGGAACAGAAGAAAGUGGCGGACCUUCGUUAUCCAGCUGAGUGGUAUCCGCACGCUCGCGCCAAACGCCGCACGAUUCAUUUGCACGUCGGCCCAACAAACUCGGGGAAGACCUAUCGAGCUUUGAAGAGGCUUGAAGGGGCACAGAGAGGGUUUUACGCCGGGCCGUUGAGACUGCUUGCGCAAGAAGUUUAUGCCCGAUUCACUGCGGAAGGUAUUUCAUGCGCUUUGAUCACGGGGGAUGAAGUUCGCAUUCCCGACACUGCUCCACGGAUUCUCAGCAACACCGUGGAAAUGGUCAAUCUUAACCAAGAGUUUGAAGUGGGUGUAAUCGAUGAAAUUCAAAUGAUUGCCGAUUCCGAUCGCGGCUGGGCCUGGACAAGAGCCUUUAUGGGUACCCGUGUUCAGGAAUUGCAUGUCUGCGGUGAAGCACGGACGGUACCUUUGAUCAAGGAACUUGUGGCUCUGACCGGCGACGACUUGAAAAUCCAUCGGUAUGAGCGUCUGAAUCCCCUAAAAGCAGAAGACACCAGUCUCCGCAACGACUUUCGAAAGCUGCGGAAAGGAGACUGCCUUGUUUCCUUUUCAAGAAUAGGGAUCCAUGCUCUUAAAAGCGAGAUUGAGAAAGUUACAGGCAAACGUGCCGCUAUAAUUUACGGUGGGCUUCCGGCAGAGAUUCGCACCCAGCAAGCCAGUUUAUUCAACGACCCGGACAAUGACUACGAUUUCCUCGUUGCAAGCGAUGCGAUUGGUAUGGGUCUCAACCUGAAAUGCCGACGCAUUAUUUUCCAGACGUUGAUCAAAAGAGGGACCAUGGGCCUCCACCGACUCACGAUACCAGAAAUAAAACAAAUCGGCGGCCGUGCUGGCCGUUAUCUCGCAGCAAACGAGAAAGUAUCAGAUGUGAAGUCAAAGGGGGCCAAUAUAGGGUUGGUGACAUCGCUCGAAGACGUGGAUCUACCGUAUAUACGUGAGGCGCUUGACUACGAGCCUCCGCCGAUCAGAGCUGCAGGUGUUUUGCCCAAUGACACUAUAUUCCAGCGCAUCGCAAGAUACUUCCCCUACGACGUUUCCUUCAAGUUCCUCAUCAACCGCAUCAUGACAAUGGUCGAAGUCCAUCCGCUCUUUUUCCUGUGCAAAACACGGAGCCAACUUGAAAUUGCUGGCGUUCUUGACAAGUGCCAUGAUCUCAGCAUUGACGACCGGCUAAUUUUCAUGGCUGCGCCUAUUUCCGAACGCGAUAGCAUCCUAGUGAACGCUGCCAAGGGUUUCGUCCGUUGCGUCGCUACAAACACGUGUGGCCGUCUAUUGGAUAUCCCGGAACUCAAUUUACAUGUACUUGAGGCUCCUGUGUCUGGUAGCAAGGAUUACAUGACCGAACUAGAAAGCCUGCACAAAUCGCUCAUUCUAUACCUGUGGCUGAGCUACCGUACCGGCGGCAUCUUCACAGACCGAACCCUUGCAACCCACGUCAAGGAAAUGGUAGAAGAGCGCAUGAUGCGAGCCCUAGCCGAGUUCUCGUCCAACAAAAAGCUACGAAUAGCGGCGUCGGCUCGUCAGAAGAUCAAGAUGGAACAGCAAGAGGCUGAGCAGAAACGCAUGCUCGCUGAUGCCGGGCUUGCUCCUGCAGAUAUGGGCGGCGAAGAUGCUGUCUUGUCCCAGGAUGGGCUGGAGUCUGAGGGACUGCAAACUGCAGCAGUUGCUCAUCACCGCCGGCCGCGUCCCCCCAUUAAUUUACAUCCCACACGACAAGAGCAGGCAAGAAAACAAAACAUGCCUAUUCCUAUCAUAUAUCACGGAGUAGCAGAGGGCAUAUCCGCAAUCCCCUAUGUCUUCACAAUCCUCAAAGCGGCAGCGGUCGUCACCGUGGUCGCCCUGCUCAAAUACUUUUUCGGCGGAGCUCGCAAUACCUCGGUGCGGCUGAUGCAUUCGAAAGUAGUCAUGGUGACGGGCGGAACAUCAGGCAUCGGUGCCGCAGUCGUUUACGACCUGGCCUCUCGCGGCGCCCAGAUUAUCCUGCUCACGCAGCACGCACCCACCGACUUGUUUCUUGUCGAUUGCAUCGAAGACUUACGCCACUCAACAGGCAACGAACUCAUCUACGCCGAACAAGUCGAUCUUACCUCCCUCCACUCGAUCCGCACAUUCGCCACGAAAUGGGUCGACAAUGCACCUCCGCGCCGACUGGACAUGAUUAUAUUGUGUGCAAACACGCUGAAACCUUCUGGCGGUAAUCUGCCUAGGAUUACGCCAGAUGGUCUGGAUGAGGAGUGGCAGGUGAACUAUCUGGCUAAUUUCCAUCUGCUGAGUAUUCUGAGUCCGGCUAUCAGAGCACAGCCGCCGGAUAGAGAUGUGCGGGUUAUUUUUAGUACGUGUUCGAGUUAUAUUGGGGGCACGAUUGAUCUGGAACGGACAGAGGGGGCAUUGUCCAAUGGCAAGAAAUCUACAAAAAGGGCCACCUCUAAAGCCAGCGCCAGCGAAAAGAAAAAGAAAAAGAGCCCGUCGAGCAUAUACGGCAUGACCAAAUUAUCCCUCAUGAUCUUCGCCCAAGCGUUUCAAAAACAUCUGUCAGCUUACAAACGACCGGACCAACAACCCAUGAACGCUCGCGUGCUCGUGGUCGAUCCAGGGUUCAGUCGUACUCCCGGAACACGCCGUUGGAUCACGGGAGGCUCUCUCUGGGGUCUGUUCUUGUAUCUAAUCACAUGGCCUUUCUGGUGGCUGGUUCUCAAAUCUCCUCAACAAGGCGCCCAAACGUUUCUAUACGCUGCCAUGGAGGCACAGUAUGGCCGACGCGAAGCCAAGGGUGGCUGGCUUCUCAAGGAGUGCCGCGAAAUCGAGUACCUGCGCAACGAAGUCAAGGAUGAGCAAUUGGCCAAGCAGCUUUGGGAGUUUAGCGAGGUGCAAAUUCAAGAAAAGGAGAAAGAAGCUGCCACGAAGCGGGCUUUAGCUAAGAAGGAACAAGAGGAAGCAAAGAAGAAGGAAACAGAGACGACGAAGGAAAACAAGGCAGAUACAACUGCUGCUACCUCGAAAAAUUCAUCUACGUCUUCUUCUGCUACCUCUUCCUCUGGCAAAACGCAAACAGCUGGGUCGAGAAGGAACAAAAAAGCUAACAAGUAACAACAAAAGUGGGAAUCGGCGUUUUGA